AUGGACGCGAACAAAGCUCCACCAAGCCUAGAAGCUACCUUAUCUGCAACCCUCGCAAAGCGGAAGAAGAACCACACAAUCCGCAAGCUCACCACCUUCCCCUCCACAACCGCCGACUUCUCCAGCAACGACUUUCUCUCACUCGCCACCUGUCCCAACCUCCGAAAUGCCUACUUGCAAGAACUCUCACAAGAUCUCAUCUUGACCUCCCAUCUCGGCUCCGGCGGUUCCCGACUCCUCGACGGUAACAGCACUUACGCCGAAGACCUCGAAAAACAGAUCUCUCAAUUCCACUCCGCUCCUUGUGGCCUCCUCUGUAAUUCUGGGUAUGAUGCCAACACCGGGCUGUUUUCUUGUCUCCCACAGAAAGGCGAUUAUAUUGUCUACGACGAAUAUAUUCACGCCUCAGUACACGAUGGAAUGAGACUUUCGCGUGCCAAGGAGACGAGGUUCUUUCCACAUAAUGACUUGAGAGCGUUGCGAAGUGUUUUAGAGCAGGUUCUAGAGGAAGACGAAAACAUUCGAAAUGGGAAGUCGAACAUCUUCCUCGCAGUUGAGGCGGUCUAUUCUAUGGAUGGCGACAUGGUGCCCUUACGAGAAGUGGUGGAGUUGAGGAACGAACUCUUUCCUCCCAGCAAAUCUGUUGCUGCCCGCGGAUCUUUGACGAAUUGCCAUAUUAUCAUCGACGAAGCCCACUCAACCGGCUGGGUUGGUCCCAAAGGCCGAGGCCUCGUUUCCGAACUCGGUUUGGAAAACGAAUGUCUGGUUCGAUUACACACUUUCGGUAAAGCUAUGGCUGCGAAUGGAGCAAUUCUGUUAUGUUCUUCGGAAGUGUUGAGGGAGUAUCUGAUCAAUUAUGCGAGGCCGAUGAUAUACACGACUUUUAUGAGUUAUCCGAAUUUGGCGGCGAUCAAAGCGAGUUAUGGAGUAUUAAUGUCCGGGCAAGGGGACGUUCUGGCGGAGAACCUGAGGAAGUUGAUGAGGGUUCUGUACGAGAGAUUAAGGGAAGUAGAGAGUGUGUUGGAGUUGGGGAUCGAGCAGAAGCAUUUGUUGAGGUGUCCGGUCGAGAUGCCUGAGACGCCAAUUUUUGCGGUGCUCUCGAGUGAGCCGAAGGCGCUGGCAGCGUAUUGUCAACAGCAAGGCUUCGUGGUGCGUGGAAUCGUGCCGCCUACUGUGCCUCUGGGGACGGAGAGGAUCCGAGUGUGUUUGCAUGCUGGCAACACGGUUGAGGAGAUCGAGGGGCUAGUGACAUGUAUUCGAGCUUGGACUGUACAGCGAAAGAGAGAAAUCGAAAAAGCUGGCCGCGGACGGCUGUGA